CACGCGUAGUUAACCCGGAAGUGGAAUUUGGGAAUUGCGGUCACCUUUGAAACUAAAGUUUGAACUCUUCUGACAGUUAGUUGUGGUGGUCCGGAAAGACACGUUCACACAAAGCGUAAACCCAAUGGCGAGUUGUGACCCUGCAGCAGCAGGCAGCCUGAGUGAGGAGUUUGCUGUCCCGGCUCAUGUUGAGGAGGUCAGGAGUGUGAUGGAGGCGUUUGCAGUACAGCAUGGGGCUGCAGGACGCAGGGUCGUGCUCAUCACUUCAGGAGGCACCAAGGUUCCUCUGGAGUCCAGGACGGUGCGCUUUCUCGACAACUUCAGCAGCGGCCGGCGUGGAGCCUCCUCGGCGGAGUACUUUCUCUCUCAGGGGUAUGCCGUGAUCUUCCUGCACAGGCAGCGCUCUCUGUACCCCUACACACGCCUAUACACAGGGGUCAAUCUGCUGGACUGUCUAACGUUAGACACUGUUCAGGAGGGCACUGGUCUGGUCACAGUGGAUCAGACAAAGCUGCCGAACAUCACCGAGGUCCUGAAGCGGUACCAGGCAGUGAAAUCUGCAGGGUUACUUCUCCCAGUGGAGUUCAGCACCUUAUCCGAGUAUCUCCACCUUCUCAAAGCUGCAGCACAAGCUCUCAGUUCAAUAGGUUCCAAAGCCAUGUUUUAUUUGGCUGCGGCGGUUUCAGAUUUCUACAUCCCCGCUUCUGAAAUGCCGGAGCACAAAAUACAAUCCUCCAACGGACCUUUACAGAUAAGCAUGAAAAUGGUACCCAAAAUCCUUAAACCACUGGUGAAGGACUGGGCCCCAACAGCGUUCGUCAUUUCCUUCAAGCUGGAAACGGAUCCGUCCAUCCUCUUGGAGCGAGCUCGUUGUGCCUUGGACACCUACAAGCAUCAGGCAGUCGUGGCCAACGUCCUAGACACACGGCAUGGUUACGUCGUCGUCGUCACUGAAGACUCCCAGACGGAACUGGUCCUUACAGACGAGGAAGCUCAGCGAGAAGUUGAAAUCGAAGAUAAGAUCGUCAGGAAUUUGUCACAUGCACACACUCAGUUCAUAAACCAAAAAGUUUAGAAGUGUGUUAGCAGCCUCUUAACUCAGAUCUUAGAUCAGUGGACUUGUACUUGCCUUUAAAUUCACAGUAAAGCUAGAAAAACUGUCAUCCCAAGGUGUUGGCUGUUUUGGAUAGAGUAACAAGAUAUGACUUGCCACCAGCUCGAUGAAAAAACAUUCCUAAGCAUGCACCUUAUGCCCCAUGUACCUAUUUACUGAUCUUUAAUAAGAUAACUGCAUGCUAACGUGCAGGGUUACAAUAAAAGCUUGUGGUUGUAAAAAAUAUCACUUCUAGUGUGUGUAUCAAGUAUCAGUGUUCCUUUUUCCAGACAUUAUCAGCAUAGGAAGGGAAUGUAAUCAGUCCUGAAGUCAUUUAACUGGCACUAUAAUUGCUGCUGCAUGAUUAAUCAGCUCAGAGAAUCAUCAUUAUUAUUAUUAUUUUUAUUUUAUGGAUGUGAACAUCAUAACAAAUGGUUCGCAAAUAAACAUGCGAUUUUACCCAAACUGUA